AAAGGGAACCUUUCUCUCAUGGCAUGCUGCAGGAGGACCAGGGAGUUUACCAGAGCAAAGUCCGGGAUAUGAUCCACGAUAAUCAGUAUCGUCUGAUUGUUAGCAUCAAUGAGCUGAGGAGGAAGAACGAGAAGAGAGCCAACCGGCUCCUGAGUAGUGCCUUCGAGGAGCUGGUUGCCUUUCAGCGUGCCCUGAAGGACUUUGUCGCGUCCAUCGAUGCCACGUACGCUAAGCAAUAUGAGGAAUUCUACAUCGGGCUGGAGGGCAGCUUUGGCUCCAAGCAUGUGACUCCCCGGACACUGACAUCCUGUCUUUUGGGCUGCAUGGUCUGUGUGGAGGGCAUUGUAACAAAAUGCUCUCUGGUACGUCCGAAGAUCGUCCGCAGUGUCCAUUACUGCCCUGCUACCAAGAAGACCAUUGAACGCCGAUAUACGGACCUGACGAGUCUUGAUGCUUUUCCAUCCAGCUCUGUCUACCCCACUAAGGAUGAAGAAAACAAUCCCCUGGAAACAGAGUUUGGCCUCUCGGUCUACAAGGACCAUCAAACCAUCACCAUCCAGGAGAUGCCUGAGAAAGCCCCGGCUGGGCAGCUUCCUCGCUCUGUGGAUAUUGUUCUGGAUGAUGACCUGGUGGACAGAGUGAAGCCUGGGGAUCGAAUCCAGGUCAUUGGGACGUACCGCUGUCUGCCUGGGAAGAAGGGGGGCUACACAUCGGGGACGUUCAGAACCAUUAUGAUCGCCUGCCAUGUGAAGCAGAUGAGCAAAGAAGUUCGGCCUCUCUAUUCUGCCACUGAUGUGGCCAAGAUCAAGAGAUUUAGCAAAAGUCGCUCAAAGGAUAUCUUUGACCAGCUCUCGAGGUCUCUGGCCCCCAGUAUCCACGGGCAUGAGUAUAUCAAGAAGGCGAUUCUCUGCAUGCUGCUCGGAGGGGUUGAGAAGAUCCUGGAGAAUGGGAGCCGCAUCCGAGGAGACAUCAACAUCCUGCUGAUAGGAGACCCUUCAGUUGCCAAAUCUCAGCUGCUGCGUUAUGUGCUCUCCACGGCUCCCCGGGCCAUCCCUACCACCGGCAGGGGCUCCUCCGGGGUUGGUCUCACUGCUGCAGUCACCACAGACCAAGAAACAGGUGAACGCCGCUUGGAAGCAGGUGCCAUGGUUCUGGCUGACCGGGGUGUGGUCUGCAUUGAUGAGUUUGACAAGAUGUCCGACAUCGACCGCACGGCCAUCCAUGAGGUGAUGGAGCAGGGCCGCGUGACCAUUGCCAAGGCAGGCAUCCACGCCAGGCUCAACGCCCGCUGCAGCGUGCUGGCUGCUGCCAAUCCCGUCUAUGGCAGGUAUGAUCAGUACAAAACUCCCAUGGAGAACAUCGGCCUUCAAGACUCCUUGCUAUCCCGAUUCGAUUUGCUCUUCAUCGUCUUGGAUCAGAUGGACCCAGAGCAGGACAGGGAGAUCUCAGACCAUGUCCUGCGAAUGCACCGGUACCGAGGACCGGGCGAGCAGGAUGGGGACGCCAUGCCCCUGGGCAGCGCGAUAGAAAUCCUGGCUACAGAUGAUCCUAAUGUGAUGCAGGAGGAGGAGCAGGAGCUACAAGUGUAUGAGAAACACGACAACCUUCUGCAUGGCCCCAAGAGGCACAAAGAGAAGAUAGUUAGCAUGGAGUUCAUGAGAAAAUACAUCCACGUGGCCAAGAUCAUCAAGCCAGUGUUGACCCAAGAGUCAGCAAAUUACAUAGCGGAGGAGUACUCCCGCCUCCGCAGCCAAGAUCAGAUGAGCUCCGACAUUGCCAGGACAUCCCCUGUCACAGCCCGUACUCUGGAGACGCUGAUCAGACUUUCCACGGCCCACGCAAAGGCGAGGAUGAACAAAACAAUUGACUUACAGGAUGCAGAAGCUGCUGUAGAGCUGGUGCAUUUUGCCUACUUCAAAAAGGUGCUGGAAAAGAAGAAGAAACGCAAGAAGCAGGCAGACGGUGAUACAGAGACUGAAGAGGAAGAGGAAUCCGAGGGUGUGGAGAGAAGGAAAAAGAGGAGGAAGAAGGCACGCCCUGGGGAUCAGGAAGCCAAGGAAGGGGAAUCCUAUGACCCCUAUGACUUCAGUGACACGGAAGAGGAAAUGCCUGAAGUCCAGGCACAUACCCCCAAAACCCCUGAACCUGCAGUGACUGGAGAGAGCAAGAAGAUGGAACUGGCAGACACCAGGCUGAAAGCAUUCAAGGCUGGCCUCCUGGAGGUGUUCAGAGCUGCCCAUGCACAGUCUGUGGGUCUGAAGAGCCUGAUGGAAUCCAUCAACCGCGACAGAUCGGAGCCCUUCUCCUCAGACGAAGUCAAGGUGGCAUUGGAGCGCAUGCAGGACGACAACCAGAUCAUGAUGUCCGAUGAGAUUAUCUUCUUAAUUUGAGAUUCGGGUUUGGGAGAGUUCUCUUGAAUUUAAAUUGAAAGCUCUUCUGCUAUGGGUCCGCAGACCUAUCCUGAACGCUUUACUUAACAGAACUGAACUGUGUGCCUCUUGAAGCCCAAGCUGGAAUUGCUGAACUCUGUAGCUGUAGCUCUGUCCUGUCUCAUGGAGCUUAGGAAGGAAUAAAGAAGCUGGUUUCUAAAGGCCUGGGGAUCCGAAGUCUGUUUUGGUUAGCUUGAUUCCCAAAACCAUUGGAACGUUUUUGUUGGAGUAGCAAAAAGCCUUUGGGUAUAAAUUACUUUGUCCUUUAGGUCAGUGUCAGCUGUAUGCCGCCUAUAAAGAGCUUCAUUCAGGGCACAAUAGUUGAGGUUGAUUGGGUAUAUUUAGGUCCAUGAGGAGUGCUCGGGAUGCAAAUUCUUGCCCCAUACUUUCAUGUAGCACAGAUUUCUCAUUCUGAUGUGUUCCUUUUAAAUACUCCUUCUGUUUUUAAAUGUCUGCCUAAAGUGUAAAGUUUCCUUUUUACAGUGGCAGUGCACAAAUUCACGAUUUGCUGGUGACCGUUUAAUAAAUUCUCUCACUUCUUUUAGAUGGGCUAAUAACUUGCACUUAGUCAGGAAAGUGACUGUGAAAACGGCAUUGGCUUGCAUAAUCUCUAGUGCUUGGAGACCUGCAUCUCUAAGAUGCUCCUUUUAAGAGUCAAGCUAAUUUGUUCUUUCCCCUGAAUAUUUACACUGCAAACUCAAACCUCUACAGAGAUCAGGUCUGCCAAUGGGAUGGGAUGAGAAGGGGGCAAAAGAGGACAGCUGCCCAUCCCAAGAGAUUGAGGGGUCUGGGGCUCACAAUCAGAGCCCCAGGUCCUUUAAAUCAUCACCAGUGUGCUGUGCCAUGCUCCGAUUGGUGCAGGGAGGGCUGGCUGCCUAAGGCCCUGCCCCUUCUGGGAGUGUGCAGCUCUCCCCACUCUUGUACAGGGUCCACAGAAGCUGUCUGCCUUCAUGGCUGAGAUGGAGCAUUUUCAACAAUGAUUCUGCAAUUGACUCUUAGUUGACAUCCAGGAAUAGGCAGGUCAGACUUGGCCAAAUGUGAUAUAAAGGAUCUUCCUGCUGUUCAAUAUUAGACUCAGGUGAGAGAAGCCAGGGAGGUGAGAAACUCAAAGCCCUAUCUGCAAUUCCAAAGUUAGAUUGGGAGCUAGAGGAUUGGAAGGCCUCGGAAAUGCUGAGUUGGUAACAUGUUUCCGUUCCAGGGUUCUACACCUCAAGGAAUGUAAGGCUGCAGGGUUUCUAAGGGAUACAUUUAGUCCCGGAUCUCUGUCCAGAGUUCGCACCCUCCUCAGUGACAAUUGUCCCUGUAGAAUGAGUAGAACAAGAUGUGUGAUAAGUUGAAAACCGUGUCUAAUGGAGAGACAAAGUAAAGCUUCCUUGAUGUGGCUGAGGUGUUCUUGAGCAUAGAUCCCAUUCAUUUUCAGAGGGUUUAAGCAUUGUUCCAUUGAUUUAAUGGGACUUGCAUACUUUACCCAAAGACUCCACCAAGCACUGUCAGCUCAAUUAGUGCCCAUCCCUAUCGCUGCUGUCCAGAGGCAAGCAGACAAGAAUGCUAACUCCCUUUGGGCCAGUGAUUUGUAAAAUUGAACAUUUGGGAUUCUGGAAUAUGUGGUGUAAUAAGCUUGUAUACAAAACAAUCCUCUAUUCAUAGAAGGCUCCAAACCUAGGAGACUAGUGUUAUGUUUCAGAUGACUUUUGUGUACAAGGGAGCCAGUCCUGAGUAACUUUCUCAUGGUAUCAGUGUUUGCCUCACAGUGUUGGUGCAAGGUUGAUCAGAAUUCUACUAGUGACUCUCUGUAAAGGGGGUCUGAGCAGCAGUGGCUGUGGAAAGUGGUCCUUGCUGUUUCAUGCUAUGUAUAAUAAAUGCUGCUUUUUGCUUUGGGUAA